AUGUCUUCAAUAUUAAAACAAAGAGUUAGAUAUACUCCUUAUUUAAAAAAAUUAAGAACUGGUGAUCAAUGUAUUGAUUUAUUUAAAAAUGGUCAAUAUUUAGGUUGGUCUGGUUUUACAGGUGUUGGUGCUCCAAAAGUUAUACCUCAAAUUUUAGUCGAUCAUGUUGAAAAAAAUAAUUUACAAGGUAAAUUAGGUUUUCAUUUAUUUGUUGGUGCAAGUGCUGGUCCUGAAGAAAGUAAAUGGGCGGAAAAUAAUAUGAUUUUAACAAGAUCUCCUCAUCAAGUUGGUAAACCAAUUGCUGCUGCAAUUAAUGAUGGUAGAACUCAAUUUUUUGAUAAACAUUUGUCAAUGUUUCCACAAGAUUUAACUUAUGGUUAUUAUACAAGAAAUAAAACUGAUAAUCCUUUUUUAGAUUAUACAAUUAUUGAAGCAACUGCAAUAAAAGAAGAUGGUUCAAUUGUUCCUGGUCCUGCUGUUGGUGCUUCUCCUGAAAUGAUCACUUAUUCAAAUAAAAUUAUUAUUGAAGUUAAUACUAAAACUCCUUCUUUUGAAGGUAUUCAUGAUAUUGAUAUGCCAAUUAAUCCUCCUUUUAGAAAACCUUAUCCUCAUAUUUCAACUGAUUUUAAAAUUGGUCAAAAUUCAAUUCCUGUUGAUCCGGAAAAAGUCGUUGCAAUUGUUGAAAGUACAACUGGUGAUAAAGUUCCUCCAAAUACUCCAAGUGAUGCUCAAUCAAAAGCUAUUGCUAACCAUUUAAUUGAAUUUUUAGAACAUGAAGUUAAAUUGGGUAGAUUACCUGAAAAUUUACAUCCUUUACAAUCUGGUAUUGGUAAUAUUGCAAAUGCUGUUGUAGAAGGUUUAGCUGGUUCUAAAUUUAAAAAUUUAACUGUUUGGACUGAAGUUUUACAAGAUUCAUUUUUAGAUUUUUUCGAAUCUGGUUCAUUAGAUUUUGCAACUGCAACUUCAAUCAGAUUAACUGAAGAUGGUUUUAAAAAAUUUUAUGAUAAUUGGGAUACUUAUUCAAAAAAAUUAUGUCUUAGAUCUCAAGUUGUUUCAAAUUCUCCUGAAAUUAUAAGAAGAUUAGGUGUUAUUGCAAUGAAUACUCCGGUUGAAGUUGAUAUUUAUGGUCAUGCUAAUUCAACAAAUGUUAUGGGUUCAAGAAUGUUGAAUGGUUUAGGUGGUUCUGCUGAUUUCUUGAGAAAUGCAAAAUUAUCUAUAAUGCAUACUCCAUCUGCUAGACCAUCAAAAAUAGAUCCAACUGGUGUUUCUUGUAUAGUUCCAAUGGCUCCUCAUAUUGAUCAAACUGAACAUGAUUUAGAUAUUAUUGUUACCGAUCAAGGUUUAGCUGAUUUAAGAGGUUUAUCUCCAAAAGAAAGAGCUCAAAUUAUAAUAAAUAAAUGUUCACAUCCUGAUUAUAAAGAUCAAUUACAAGAUUAUUUUGAUAGAUCAAUUCAUUAUUGUACAAAAAAGAAGACUUUACAUGAACCUCAUAUUUUGAAAGAUGUAUUUAAAAUGCAUUUAAAUUUUCAAGAAAAUGGAACGAUGAAAUUAGAUUCUUGGGAUCAAAAAUUUUAA